AUGAUGGAGCUGGGGACAAGGCCAGACUGGAAUUUAACAAGCACUGGGGUUGGACAUGACUACAGACCUCACCAACAUUUCCCUCCCUGCAAGGUUAGGGUAAGUCAUUGAUCAAAUACUGUAAUACCCAGCCAUGGGAGGGGAGCCUCGUGUCUUCUGCAGGAGAACCCCCAGGCCAAAACCUAGGGGGGCGAGGGGGCUAUCCACUAAAGUGUAGAUUGUGGACAUCGCAUACCUACCAACAUUGCAAAUGGACAAAGAGGGACUAUAAUUUAUACAACUAAAAUUACAUUUGGAAUAAGAACAGUGUAACUUAUUUACACAGGCACCAUUCUAAACACAUUUAUUGUAGUUAAGUAGGAAUCGACCGAUAUUGAUUUUUAGAGAGCCGAUACCCAUAAUCUGUGGACUUUCAGGCCGAUAGCCGAUAACUUGCCGAUAUUUUGUACAUUUACCAUUUUGAAAAAAUAAACUAUUUCUAAAAGGUAAAUGCACAAAAUAUACAUGCCAUGUGUAGUGGAUGCAGUGUGUUUAGACAGGGUUGCUGUGUGUGUUUGUGUAGUGGAUGCAGUGUGUAGUUGUGUAGUGUAUAUAUAAUGAAUGCAGGGUGUGUUUGUGUUGUGUGUAUAGUGAAUGCAGUGAGUGUUUGUGUAAUGUGUAUAUAUAGUGAAUGCAGAGUGUGUGUGUGUUUGUGUAGUGUGUGUAUAGUGAAUGUAGUGUGUGUAAAGUGAAUGCAAUGUGUGUACUGUGCGCAAAGUGAAUGCAGUUUGUGUAGUGUGUGUAAAGUGAAUGCAGUGUGUUUGUGUAGUGUGUAUAUAUAAUGAAUGCAGAGUGUGUGUGUGUGUUUGUGUAGUGUGUGUAUAGUGAAUGUAGUGUGUGUAAAGUGAAUGCAGUUUGUGUAGUGUGUGUAAAGUGAAUGCAGUGUGUUUGUGUAGUGUGUAUAUAUAAUGAAUGCAGAGUGUGUGUGUUUGUGUAGUGUGUGUAUAUAAUGCAGAGUGUGUGUGUGUGUGUGUGUGUGUUUCUAAAGAGAUGUAAUUUGUGUAAAAUGGGGGGGCAUUUUUUAUUUUAAUUUUAUAUUUAAUAUUUAUAUGUUUGAUUUUUUUUUUGUCUCCCUCCCUGCUUGUUACCUGGCCAGGUAGGGGGGCUAUGGCAUUCCCUGGUGGUCCAGUGGCAUGUACUGAGCAGUGGGGGCCCGCAGCAAGCUGUUACUUACUUUCCCAGCAGCUCCCUGAGUAAAUCUUGCAGCCAGCGUGCCGCGUUGCCAUGGUAACCCGUGGCAACGCUCUGACGGCCGCAAGACUUGCAAGAUUUACACAGGGAGCGGAAGGGAGCUGCUGGGAAGGUAAGUAACAGUUUGCUGCGGGCCCCCCCAGGACCGCCGGGUUUGUAAUGGGCCCGGCGGUCCUGGCAUGUAUUAUCAGCAAUAUUGAUAUCUUUAUUGGCCGAUACCGAUAUUGCCGAAAAUACCGAAUAUCGGCCGAUAAUAUCGGUAAAACCGAUAAUCGGUCGAUCCUUAGUUUAAAGACACAUUACUGUGAGUAUUAUUACUGUAAGUAUUAUCACACUCAGACACACCAACAAUAUGGAGCUCAUAGAAAAGAGGGACAGAAGGAGUUGGGCCCUAAGUAUCUUCCCUCCUUAAUAGGGGAACUUGGGAGGUAUGUCAUUGUUAAUUUUGAUCCAAAAUGGCUGAAUUGGAAAUAUUAUUCAGCUCAGCUAUUUUGCUGAGCAACCUCUAAAGUAGGUAAACAGAACCUAUGGUUUUGCCAAUUUUGAUUAUAUUGUUGUCAAACUGAAUAUAUUUAUGAAUUAUUUUUGUUAAACCAGACAUUGUGGGUAGAAUUGUAGUGUCUCCCCUGUAUGUUCCCAUUUUCUAAUAUAAUAUAAGAAGUGAGUGGACAUGGCUUUAUGUUAGUGUGGGCCAGCAUCACUUCUAAAUCUCUCAUUGUAGCUUUAAUUUAGGUGGUGGGCAUGUGCAGGGCCGGUGCAAGAAUUUUUGCCGCCCUAGGCAAAAGAAGGAUUUGUCACCAAGAACUUCAAUGAAAUGGUGAAGAAUUUCAGUGUUAUAUUUAUAUAGUAGACAUUCACUAUUCUUUCCUUUUUUUUCCAUAGUCGACCGUUUCAGACCCGCUUCCACCUAUCCUCCAACAACCAGCAGAGGACACAACGUUUGAUGAACUCACAAAAUAUACUUAUGAGACAAGCACUGGAAACACUUAUACCAGGAAGUACCCAGGGGGUAUCCUCGCUCACCCUACUUACCUCAAAGCCCCCGCUCUUUGGAAAGUCCAUCACAACAAGGAUUUUAAGGACAAGGUAUAACGUAUAUCUAAUAUCUGCCUACCUCAAAUCUUCAUAGAUUGGAAGUCUGUUUGAGCAGGGCCUUCUCUACCUCUAAGUAUCUUGGGGCUAUAAAAAAAAUUAUAAACUUAAUAAUCAAAAAAUCUGGCAAUAAAAUGGUGUUGGUUUUGGGGGAAUAAGAAAAGGUUAUCCACAUUUCACUCAUUAGCUUAUGAAGGAAUUUAUCAAAUUAAAUGCUCCUCUGUCCCUACAAAAUACUUUGAUUAAUGUCUGACGAGAAGAUUCACACUAACAAUUAGCUGUUUUUCGGAACUGGUGAUAACAUUAGUAACAUGGAAACUCCAAUGUUGCAGGAUUUAAAUAUAUAUGGUCAGUUAUUUAAAAAAAAAAGAAAGAAAUUUUCUAAAUAUAGUGCAGAAUGUGAAAAUUGUAGCUCCAGAGAAUGUAACCUCAAGCAAUUUUAGACCCUUUAGAUCAAGACCAAAUCAUUGAGACACAAUAGUCCAGGAUUUAGACAUCUCCGAACUUUGUGAAUAUGUGGCUAGUGACAAGAUGUGGAACAUUGACGCGCUUUGAGGACUGAUAUGGGAAACACUGCUCUAAAAUGACUGAAUGGUGCUAGUGGCUUUCUAUAAAGUCCAUAGAGGAAGCACGUAAAGGAUACAGUCUUGAUGGGCUUUAAAUAACAAAAAAAUAAGCAGCUUUUCAAGGCAAAGCAGAAUACACUGAUUACACUCUUGCCACAUUCACAGAAACAUCUCAUCAACGUAUGUAGGAAAUGAGCAAAGACAGUGUUUCUAUUGCAACUUUAGAAAAAAAUGAUAACAAAUAAUAUCCAGUAAUCCUUUUUUCUAUUCGGUGCUAUAGCUGGAGUUAUAUCUUUACAGGGAGAUAUAUGUUUACUUAGUUGUAUUUGUAAUUAUUUGACAGGAGGUAACCUAGAGAACACCCGGGGCUUAUAGUCUUCAUAGAAGAAAUCAAUUGUAGAACUUAAUGUUUAAUAAAUGUGUAAAACGUAUCCUGUGAUUCUAGCUGAAAAGUCGGAGACCUGGUUUGGAUCAUCGGAACCAGAGCAGUGAGAUGAAAGCAGAGUACCAGGGCCUUCCAGCCAAGCCUUUUAAUUCAGGCGUGCAGCCAUUUGCUUUAGAAGGUCACCUGAACAAGGGGCCAUCACAGGUUAGUUUACAGACAUUUUUCAUGUCAUGCAUAAUGGAAUAUAUUUUAAUGCCUAUUUUCAUAUCACAGUCCAUGGUCACUUUCUACAGAGGCGCUCUGCACUGGGUGUGUUAGGAAACUAGAACCCAGGAUCGGGAGUUACAGAGGUGGGGAUAAUGACAUAUGUAUAGUUGGUUGGGAUACAGGCAUGGCUGUCAGGGAGAGAGACAUGACUGGGGAGGAUGGGGCGAUUGAUGGGGCGAAGGCUGGGAAAGAUGGGGCAAAGGCUGGGAAAGAUGGGGUAGCGGCUGUAACAGAGACAGAGAUAUAUGACUGAGGGGAUCAAAGGCAUUGCAUGAAAGGAUAACCACAUGGAAAUAAUAGGGAGAGAGAAGGACAUGGCUGAGGGUACAAUGUUAGCCAUUGCUCAUACGCUACAUUUUAUCAACAGGGUUAUUCACGAAAGUGAGAAUUCACUGUGAAUUUCAAACUUAAAGGACCACUAUAGUGCCAGGAAAACAUACUCGUUUUCCUGGCACUAUAGUGCCCUGAGGGUGCCCCCACCCUCAGGGUCCCCCUCCCGCCAGGCUCUGGGGAGAGAAAGGGGUUAAAAUCUUACCUUUCUCCAGCGCCGGGCGGGGAGCUCUCCUCCUCCUCCUCUCCUCCUCCACUCCUCCUUCAUAGCGAUGUCAUCGGCUGAAUGCACAUGCGCGGCAGGAGCCGCGCACAUUCAGCCAGUUCAUAGGAAAGCAUUUACAAUGCUUUCCUAUGGACGCUGGCGUCUUCUCACUGUGAGAGAAGCUGGCGUCUUCUCUCACAGUGAGAAGCAUGCAAGCGCCUCUAGCGGCUGUCAAUGAGACAGCCACUAGAGGCUUUAGAGGCUGGAUUAACCCUAUUAUAAACAUAGCAGUUUCUCUGAACCUGGGCAUGUGCUUUUAAUAUAUGUCCUUAUGUUCUCUGAAACUGCUAUGUUUAUAAAAAAAAAGGGUUAUCCCUAGCUGGACCAGGCACCCAGACCACUUCAUUAAGCUGAAGCGGUCUGGGUGCCUAUAGUGGUCCUUUAAGGUUAAAACAGUGAAGUGGAACAGUUCUUCAAAUCAGAUUUGAUUCCAGUUGCUGUUUUGUAGAUAAGGCAACGUUUACAUUGCAGGGUUAAAUACGCAUAUGGUCAGGCCUGGACUAUCCAUCGGGCACACCAGGCCGCAGUGGCCAUGGGCCGAGGCCAGCAGGGGAGAUCACAGGAUCUCCCCUACUGGUCUAUGCAGGGCCGGCACUAUCCGAGCGCUAGCCCUGUUGCAUUCCAUGACAGGCCGGUGGGGAGAUCAAAGAUUUCCCUCACUGGCCCACAUGUAAUGUAUUGCGGCUGCCAGCGGGGGAGAGAGACCGGAGAGGAAUCCGGAGGAGCUCUAUCUUGCAGCUCCGCCAGGUUCCUCUUGCUGGGAUUUGAAGGGUUGCCAUGGCAACGCUCUGGGCCUUGUGAGAGUGAACUCCACAGGCUAGAGUUCACUCACCACUAGCACCACCUGGGAUGGCAGCAGCACAAUCCCCUCUCCCAGACUAAAGGUAAGAAGGGAGGGGGGAUAUAAUCAAUGCUUUUUUUUAUUAAUAUAUAGAUAAUAAUCUGCCCCCCAACACACAAGCCCUCCAAACAUAUUCACACACCAGCACCCUCACUCAUACACACACUGCACCCCUGACACUCACAGCACCCUCGCUCAAACACAGCACCCUUACCCACACACACUACACCCCUCACACACACACACACUGCACCCCUGAAACUCACAGCACCCUUAUUCACACAUUGCACCCCUGACACUCACACACUGCACCCCUGACACUCACAGCACACUCACACACUGCACCCUCUCACACAGCUUCCUCACACGCACAUAGCACCCUCACACACACACUGCACCCAUCACUCACACACAGCACCUCUCACACACACAGCACCCUCACACACACUACACCCCUUUUGCACACACACAUCACCCUCACACACACACUGCACAAUACUCUUUCCUGGCAUUUUUGUCUCCUGGUAUCCCCUCUAUGAAGACACCAGAGACGAAUUUCAAGCAAACACAGUGCAAGCAUGUUAUUAAAUUUGCUUGUGCUGUGCAUAACAAAUACAGGGCUUUUUCCUCAUGCUAGAGCUCUUCAGCAGAGCUCUGCGCAUGGUCUGCCCUGGAAGAGCAUUGAACCAACAUGCUCACUUUGUGAUGGGGCGUGCUUGUCAUUGGUGAUGACGAAACACACCCUCUCUCCUCGCCCCCUUUUUAGUGGGUCGCUGUAAUAAAAAAAAUGCCCUGCCUAUGGUGGUUUUUUUUCCUUCUGCUGCGAGAGCGGAAUGUUCUCACGGCUAACCUCCAUCUAAUGGUGGGGGUGCAGUGCUGGUCGUGCAUACACUUUUUGUCACUUAAUGGGCAAAAUAGAAAAAUUGGCGUGACAUUGCAGAGGUGGAUUGUGCGGCUGCAGGUACUGGAUCUUGGUGCUGGGAAAAAAGGUAGUUAAAACACUUUUAUUUUUAGUGUUCCUUUAAGAUCAAUAUUGCUUUUUAUCUUUGAAACUAAACACCUCUAUCUUCUUUAUGUGCAGGCUAUGGUUGCAACCACGGAGAACAAAGCACUGUCUGGAGAACCAUUCUACAUAAAAGACAAAGGAGUCCUUACCCUCAAUGACCUGUACAACACCACUACAGCCCGUGACUUUAGGGUGUUCACUGAGUAAGUAGACAUUCUAAAACAGAACUUCAUUAGCCUAGAACCGAUAAAUAAUACUUCCUUCUUGUCCUGGAACUACAGUACCUUUCUUGUCUCCAAAAUGAUAAUAUAAUAAUGCCAAAAAUAGUUGGUUUGAGUGCCACCUUUAUUGGAGCUAUGCCAAUAGCAGGGUGCAAACACUGUAUUUCGUAAUUCAGUAGUAAACAGCUUAUUUCUGACUUCUCUCCCUGUGCCUUGGCACUCAGAUAUGAGCCUCAAAGGGGUUUAUUCACUAAACAACAAAUUGUAGUGGAUCAAAUAAAUAGUAAAAAAUAGGCUAAAAUAGCCAAUCUGUGUUUUGUUUUUUUCCAAAUCAGCUAUUUGUGCCUACUUUUUUCAGUUCAGUUUUUAAUCCACUAUUGCAGAUCAAUAAAUGGAAUAUGGUGAAACACAAAAAGACAAGUGAUAUAGAUAAAAGAUGAAUUUAUCUAUUUAUAAGAAUGACUCUAGUAAAUCUAUACUCCAAACAAGUGGGAGGAUAUAUCUGUAUGGGAGAGUAAAUCGAUAGACAAAAAAUGUUUGUAAGAUGCUCCCGGUAACUGGAUACUUUGUUCUAAUGCAGUAUAACGGGGUCAAUAGGUACUGACUAGUUCCUCCUGGGGAGCAGGGGUGCUACAAGUAACUAAAUACAAUGGAUACAAAGUAUGUCUAGUGGAUACAAAGUGAUGUCCACAAGUACGAUAGUGGGCAAUUGCAUGUAAAACUCUGCCACUCUAUAUAGUGAGAUGCCCAACAACAGUUUGGCACAGCACCAGUCAUUCAUAGGACAAAAAAAAGUUCAAAUAGAUUUUUGGCAGAAGAGAAAAACUCAUAACAAUAAAAGAGGUCUAUAGGCUGUUCAAACCUUCAAGUUAAAAUUUUUUAGUAUUUUAGUAAUGUUAAUCGCUUAGCUUGAUAAAUUGUGUCUUUAGGGCCAUGGCAUUCCAGAAUGGAUCCAUUAUAUUUACCAAAAAUCGGACUGGAAUUUAAACAUCUUUGUUUUACCAUCUCUUAAAUUUUUAUUUUAUUUUUUAUUAAUGUAUACUGGACUUUUUACUGAAAUCACUUACCUAGCUCUCCCACGUCCCCGUUCUGACAGCCAUCUUUAUGUACCUUUGGUCAGACUGUCAGUUAUCCCAGGCUAAGCUGACUAUUUUGCAACCCCAGUUAUUUCUCAAAAUCUGGUUCUUUUCAGCUUGCAGCAUGUUCUGUGUCAGGAAAUGUUAAAAAGCAAUGGGUGGUUGCAAUAUAGUGCUCACUUAAGUCAUAACUGACAGAGGUAGUGUAUUAUAACAUAAUGAUUACAUUAAGAUAUUAAAAGGAAUCUGUCAGGACCUUACCUGUCCUUCUGCUCCCUCACUGUGGUCUCCUUAUAAAGAGCAAACCGCCUCCAUGAUGCCAACAAGCACAUGUGCUGUGGUUGCUAUGGGUGGAGAGCAAAAGAGCCACUGAUGGGAGAUCCCUUCGGCUCUCACUGUCAAUCAAUUCUUUUUCAAAGAGUCUAUGCCAAAGGAAUGAUUGACAGGUGGGAAAACCACCUUUUUAUCACAUUUUAACUAGGUUUCUCUCACAAUCUAUACAUUUGCUAGCAAAACUAUAUAAAAAAAAUACAGAUAAUGGAUGCAAAUUCAGAAAAACAAAUUAAAUUAAAAAUAAGAGACAUUUAACUUGGGAGACCCGGAGUUUGUUGCAGAUCCUCUUGGAUUUUCAGCCUCUAUAGUGAGCACUUACAUCUAAAACCUUUCAGUCACUCCUGUUUAUUGGAUAUGUAAAGUAGGGGAGCUGGCUUAUAGUUUCAGCAUUUUUUGUAAAUUAGUACAUAUAAAGGCAAAAUGGAGUUGGGAGGCAUAAUCUUUGGGAAGAGCAUGGGCUAUCCUGGUGCCUGGAUUAUCCCAUUACUGAGAUUGUUCAAAUAAUUUUGUAUGUUGUUCUACAAAUAUGUGUUUCAGGUGUUUAUUUGCUAAAACUUUUCAUUUUGUCUCCAGCAAAGAACUGGAAGGAUAUGCCAAAAAAGAUGCCCUGACAUAUUGGCAAGCUGAAGAUUACCCCAAGGUCUGGGGACAUGGUCUUAAAGAAAACCCUCUUCCAAAACAAACUCGACCAAUUCUCCGACAAAAACCACCAAUGCAGGACACAAUCCAGUUUCCCACCGCGCUUAAACAGCAACAGGUACCUCCAAACAAAAAGGAACUCCCUCACAGAGCCUUCAAGUCCCUGGCUCAAGAAAGCUUCCAGUGGCCUCUGGAUGUGAAGAGAACCAUCGAUGUCCACUGCCCAAUAGAAUGUCCUUGGACCACUACCCGUGAAGGACCUUUACCAGCCAUAAUGUCUGUGCCCAAAAUGUAUAAAACACUGAAUGAAACAUAUGGCAGCAGGCGACCUGAUACAUUUUGA